UUUGAUAUCUGACAUGUGGAAGCAAAUUAAAGCUCACCUCUUAUUUUUAUGUUACUGUCACAUCAUUAGUAGACAAAUAUAGAGUUCUACUUUAUGGGAAACUUUCAUUGCCAUCUUCUUAAUCGCUGUGGUCUUUGUGUGUGUGUGUGUGUAUUUGUGUAGCUGGCACCUUCUCUUCCUUUACAAGAAGAUUUCGUUUAUCACUGGAAGGCGAUCACCCAUUACUACAUAGAGACUUCAGAUGACAAAGCCCCAGUCACAGAUACAAAUAUUCCAUCUCAUCUGGAACAGAUGUUAGAUAUAUUGGUCCAAGAAGAAAAAGAACGAGAAUUUGGAGAGACGGGGCCAUGUAUGGAAUAUUUACUUCAUCACAAGAUCUUGGAAACAUUAUAUACCUUAGGGAAAGCUGACUGUCCUCCAGGAAUGAAACAGCAGGUUUUGGUAUUCUACACUAAGCUUCUGGGGAGAGUCAAGCAGCCACUACUUCCACACAUUAACGUGCACAGGCCAGUGCAGAAAUUAAUUCGACUGUGCGGUGAAGUUCUUGCAACACCAACGGAAAAUGAAGAAAUUCAGUUUCUCUGUAUUGUAUGUGCAAAACUGAAAGAAGAUCCCUAUUUGGUUAAUUUUUUUUUGGAGAAUAAGUUGAAAUCAUUGGCUUCCCAAGGAGUUCCAAAUGUAAUUUCAGAAGACGCAUUAAAAGGUCAAGAUUCCUUGUCAACAGAUCCAGGACAGGCCUGUCUGCCGGAGGACCUACUGUGUGGCGCUACUGGAGUGGAGCAAACAGAGUUAGAAGAAGAUGAGCCUCCUCGUCAGAUGGAUGACCUGUCCACAAGCUUGGAUAAUCUCAGUGUUGCUUCCCUGCCAGAGGCCACAGUCGUUCGUCCCAACCAAGAUUAUAAUUUAGUGAAUUCUUUGUUAAAUCUUACUAGAAGUCCUGAUGGCCGAAUAGCUGUGAAAGCCUGCGAGGGCUUGAUGCUCUUAGUGAGCUUGCCGGAGCCUGCAGCUGCCAAGUGCCUCACUCAGAGCACGUGCUUGUGUGAGUUGCUGACAGACAGACUCGCCUCCCUGUACAAGGCCCUACCUCAGUCCGUGGACCCCUUAGAUAUCGAAACAGUGGAAGCAAUUAACUGGGGCUUGGACUCAUAUAGUCAUAAAGAAGAUGCUUCGGCAUUUCCAGGAAAACGAGCCUUAAUUUCAUUUCUUUCCUGGUUUGAUUAUUGUGAUCAACUCAUUAAGGAAGCACAAAAGACUGCUGCUGUUGCUCUCGCCAAAGCCGUUCAUGAAAGAUUUUUCAUUGGUGUUAUGGAGCCUCAGUUAAUGCAAACUUCUGAGAUGGGUAUUCUGACAUCAACUGCUCUGCUUCAUCGCAUUGUUCGGCAAGUAACCUCUGACGUUUUGCUUCAAGAAAUAGUGUUUUUUAUCCUUGGAGAACAGAGAGAACCAGAAACUGUGGCAGAAAUUAGCAGACAUCCUUUAAGACAUAGGUUAAUUGAACAUUGUGAUCACAUAUCUGAUGAGAUAAGCAUCAUGACAUUAAGAAUGUUUGAACAUCUUUUACAAAAACCCAAUGAGCAUAUUCUUUACAACUUGGUCCUAAGAAAUCUUGAGGAAAGGAAUUAUACAGAAUAUAAACCUGUGUGCCCAGAAGAUAAAGACGUGGUGGAGAAUGGAUUGAUAGCGGGAGCAGUAGAUCUGGAAGAAGAUCCAUUAUUUACUGACAUUUCACCAGAUAACACUUUGUCAAACCAAGAGUGGCUUAGUGCUUCACCUCCCGCUACUCCAGACCACCCCAAAAAUGACGGGAAAACCGAAGUCCAUAAAAUUGUAAAUAGUUUUCUCUGUCUGGUACCGGAUGAAGCAAAAUCAUCCUACCACGUUGAGGGCACUGGAUAUGACACCUACCUCCGAGAUGCUCAUAGGCAGUUCCGGGACUACUGUGCUAUCUGCUUACGAUGGGAGUGGCCUGGCUCUCCAAAAGCAUUGGAAAAGUGCAAUUUAGAAGCAGCUUUCUUUGAAGGUCAUUUUUUGAAAGUUUUAUUUGACAGAAUGGGAAGAAUUCUUGAUCAGCCAUAUGAUGUCAAUUUACAAGUAACCUCGGUGUUGUCUAGACUCUCUCUCUUCCCUCAUCCACACAUACACGAGUACCUUUUGGAUCCUUAUGUGAACCUUGCUUCUGGCUGUAGAUCUCUCUUCUCUGUAAUCGUCAGGGUGGUCGGAGACCUGAUGGUUAGGAUCCAGCGCAUUCAAGACUUCACUCCCAAGCUCCUCUUAGUCAGAAAGCGAUUACUGGGCUUGGAACCGGAAGGCCCUAUUAUCGACCACAUCACAUUGCUGGAGGGCGUGAUCGUGCUGGAGGAGUUCUGCAAGGAGCUGGCGGCCAUCGCGUUUGUGAAGUUCCACGCUUCCUCCUCGCCGUGAAGAGCGCCUUCGGGUGACCAAGGGCACAGACCCGCUGUGUGCACCCAUCGGAAAAGACAGUCCCACCCCGUGCAGAGAGGAUAAAAAGCCCCUGUAAAUGAAGUAUCGCUGUAAACUGGACAGAACCAUUACGAACCCACUGAGUGGACAGUUUCAGUAAAAUGUGGUCUAAUGUUGUUUUCAUUGGCUUUAUCAUAAUGGUUCUAUGUAUAACAUUGCACGUCCUUGAAUUCAGGAUACAAUCAAAGGAACUUCAGGAAAUAAGCAUUUCUAAUGCCUGUGUGAAAAGCUGCAAAAUUUCUGAUGUCAUGACUUUGAUGAUAUUUCUGUUAUUUUAAUAUCCUUUUAGGUAGCAAGGCAUUUUGACAUUCUCUGGGACUCAAAUGCUUAUAUUCUUUUGGAUUAAUAAGUAGCAAAAAUAACUAAUUUUAUAACUUUUUAAGGUCAGAAUUCUUAUCAAAAAAUAUGAAAAAAAAACUGUAAAUGAGAAAAAAAUACAAUUCAGGGACCAUCAAAGAGUUAAUAAAAUGUGUAGAGCACCAUUAAUUUUCUUCAGCUUUUCUAAAAAUAACAAUUUAAUAUGAUAAAGAAAUUCUUGAUUAAUAUAAUAUAUAUAUUUUUAAAGAAAUGUUCUUUUACUCUUGUGCACAUAGCCAUGUUAGUGAUUAAUUUUCACGUAUGGGUCCCAGUUUAUUUAAACCUUGUCAUUUUUGCAACAACGUUGAAUUUGUGCUCACCGUCGGUAGUAUUUGCUAAAAUAGUAUGUUUUAAUCUAAUUAACAUAUUUUGGGUUGCGAACCAUUUUUCUCUCCCUCUCUGAAGAUUGUUGCAUAAAGGUGUUUUCUAAUUUGAUUUUCUUGUCGAAAUGCAUGGUCAUGUUCAGGUGGGAAACCGACUGAUAACUCUUAGGCGGCAAUCAAAAUGCCAGUGUCCUCCUUAAUGUUUACAUUAUUUUUUCAUUUUGCUGAGGCUAUUGUUUUAAAUGAUUCUAAAGAGUUUAAAAAAAAAACAGCCAACCAGUCUCUCCUGUUUACAUGGUAAAGAAUGGGUAAAUUGGGUGUGUGAGUGACUGCGAACGGAUACACGCUUGGGGACGCGUGUGGCUGUAAAGCUGCGCUGUGCACGGCGUGCCUGGCCCUGAGCGACAAGCGGUGUUUGCUACUCCACUCUCUAGUCUUCCUUUCAGUGAUGCUUAUCACACAGAUAUUUCGUGGUUACGCUUUCUUCUUUUUUUUUAGUUGAAAUGUUAAGCAGCGGCACUUUCCUCUUUAUCUUUCCAUUUAUUGAUAUUUGCAGAAACAGACUAUCACACUCUCUAGCUUGAAAAGAACUGUUGCUGCCCUUUCUAAGAAGUUGGUUUAUGUAGCAUGUUUGCUUAUGUACAGUGCGUGGCGUGUUCAUGGCAGCAUGUUUUAUACCUACUGCUAAUUUCGAUGUAUUAGUUGCUCUGAUUUAUUUUCUUAGAUUUUGCUAUUUAUUAAGAAAAAAAUUGUCAAAACAUUCUGGAUAUUCUUGGCUUUAGAAUGCUUCCCACUGUCAAAACAAGAAAAACUAAAUUUCUGACUUAAUGCAAAUCUUCGUUAGCUCUUUCUGAGAAGUUUAUUGAGCAAAACAAUGGAAAAACAAAGGUAGGAGACAGAUACGUUGUGCAUGAUUUUCUUCAAAUGAUUUUUAAUGACGGAAAGACAUUAAGUUUGCUGUAUUUAUUGAUCAGCUUAUGUAAGGAACCCUGCAGCACCUUCCAUUUUAGAGGUAGUUGUAGUCUACUUUGGCGUAGGUAUUAGUUAAAACAAGGCAUUAGGAGAUGUUAGACAUUUCUUAAUGUUUUCAUAGCGUUUAGUAGGUGUAAUAGCAGUGAUGUGACCUCUCAAACCAAAUACUAUUUUAUCUUUGAUUUCACAAUGGGACCUUAUAGCUAAUCCAUGAAACCAAGCUCAGAAAAGCUUUAACUCAUAUUUUUUUGUGUGUAUGCUGCUUCUUAAAACAUAAUUAUUUUUCUAAGUUAUUGUAAUAACUGAUUUAUAAUCAGCUAAAGCUUAAGGUAUAUUUUGUUUCUCUUUAAGCCCCUUCUUUCUUUUCUUCCUUCUUAUUCAGACGUAGAGCCAGCACAAGUUCUCACAGUGAGUUAGAUUUGUUGGUGAAACAUUGUACUACAUUAUUAGUCUUUUGUUUUUAUGGUCUUGCAGAAGCCGAAUAUUUCUGUUCCUCAGUACUUGUAAAACAGUGACUAAAAUGCACUGUUGGGUAGAAAGUACCAUCUUAACAAUUGAUUGCCAGAAGCAAGUUCCAAACUGAAUUUGAGCCUUGCUUCGCAUUGAUAUAAAUAGGUAUGAACAUUUUUUUAAAACUUUCUAACAGUAUAGUCUUUGGAUUUAUUUUUAGUAACGAGCCACAUUCUUUACUUGAUAGAACUCAGAUUUCUCAUUAGCCAAUUAUUGUAGUACUCACAUUAUAACUAUGUAAUGUUCUCGUAUGUAUCUGUGCAAUAUGGGAGCUAUGAGUGGAUUCAUAGCUUUUUAGUUUAAUUGUACAUUAUUGUGUGUGUACAUGUGUAUAUAUAUGUGUGUGUAAAUAUAUAAGGACCAAAAUCUUCAGCUUGCUUACACUGUUGCUAGUGUAAAGAUUGUUACACUUAAUUUUACGGGGCACAAAUUAUGGAAUUACUUCAUAAUUCAUGGUAAUAUGUUUCCGUAAAUUAUUGCAUUAAUAUACAAUUAUCAUUUAAUUAUGAAGUUCAUAGGUAUUGACUGAAGUUACAGUGAAACGCUAAAACCACAAAUUAACAUGGUAGUUAUAUAUUGGGUGGUACAAUUAAUCAAAAUAUGCAUGUCAUUCUGACACUUGUGUUAAAACAUGAUAGAUAAUCAUAUUUCUGGGCCCUGUAAAAUAGUGUUACUGUAAUACUCUGUUUUGCCUCCUGCCUUGUUUACAUUAAACAAAGGAUAUUUGGUAAAUUUUUCUAUUGAAUAUUGUGUAGGUUACUGACAGUGUUACCAGGGCCUAGAAUUCUUGGGCCGUCUAUGAAGAAACCCUUCAGAUGGUGAUUGUGCACCUACUAUCUCUGCAAAGGGAGCUGUGAUCAACUUUUUGUGCUAACGAUGCAUGCAGGACUAAGAGGGAUAAUCUAAAAAUAAAUAAUGGAAUUUAAACAAAA